GGCGGCGACGGGGGCUGAGCGCGGCCGCGGCUGCAGGAGGCGGGGGAGCAGCGGCAGCGGCGGCUGGUUUUGCCUGUACUAAUACAACUGCUGAAUUGGUGCUUUAAGGAUUUGCCUUUUCUCAGUUUCUUUACUUGCCUAUCAGACAUAAUGAGGAGACUGGCUUUUCGUGGUGCUGGUUGUACUCUGAAGAAGUUGGAUUCCAUGGGUUCCAAGAGGCGAAGGGCUACCUCUCCUUCCAGCAGUGCCAGUGGAGAUUUUGAUGAUGGCCACCACUCUACAACUGCACCAGGCCCAAGUAGGAAGAGGAGAAGACUCUCCAACCUCCCUACAGUCGAUCCUAUCGCUGUAUGCCAUGAAUUAUACAACACAAUCAGAGAUUACAAAGAUGAACAAGGGAGGCUUCUAUGUGAGCUUUUCAUUAGGGCCCCCAAACGAAGAAACCAGCCAGAUUACUAUGAAGUGGUUUCUCAACCUAUUGAUUUAAUGAAAAUCCAACAGAAGCUAAAAAUGGAGGAAUAUGAUGAUGUGAACGUGCUAACUGCUGACUUCCAGCUGUUAUUUAAUAAUGCAAAAUCAUAUUAUAAGCCAGACUCCCCUGAAUAUAAGGCUGCCUGUAAAUUGUGGGAUUUAUAUAUACGCACAAAAAACGAGUUUGUUCAGAAGGGAGAUCCUGACGACGAUGAUGACGAUGACGAUGGCCAUGACAAUCAAGGGACAAUUUCUGAAAUAUCUUCUCCAGGUUAUUUAAAAGAAAUUCUGGAACAGCUUCUUGGAGCCGUAGUUGUAGCCACAAACCCAUCAGGCCACCUCAUCAGUGAGCUUUUUCAGAAACUUCCCUCUAAAGUGCAAUAUCCUGACUAUUAUGCAAUAAUUAAAGAGCCCAUAGAUCUGAAGACUAUUGCCCAGCGAAUACAGAAUGGAAGUUAUAAAAGCAUUCAUGCAAUGGCUAAGGACAUAGACCUGUUAGUUAAGAAUGCCAAAACUUACAAUGAACCUGGGUCUCAAGUAUUCAAGGAUGCAAAUGCAAUAAAGAAAAUAUUUAAUAUGAAGAAAGCAGAAAUUGAGCAUUCCGAACUGACCAAAUCAAGUCUCCGAAUCAGGACUGCAAAUUUGGCUGCUUCCAAGCUGACAGGUCCUUCCUCACAGGGUAAAGGCAGUGUUGUCGAUGACAGAAAUGCUGCUAAUAAAUAUUAUCGUAAUAAAAGAGCUGUCCAAGGAGAUCGUUUAUCAGCAAUAACCAUGGCACUGCAAUAUGGAUCUGAAAGCGAUGAAGAUGCUGUUUUGGCUGCUGCUGCCCGUUAUGAAGAAGGGGAGUCUGAAGCCGAGAGCAUAACUUCAUUUAUGGAUACUUCCAACCCUCUCUAUCAGCUUUAUGAUAUAGUUAGGAACUGCAGGAACAACCAGGGUCAGCUCAUAUCAGAACCUUUUUUUCAUUUGCCUUCGAAGAAAAAGUAUCCUGACUAUUACCAACAAAUCAAAUUGCCUAUUUCAUUGCAGCAAAUCAGAACAAAACUAAAGAACCAUGAAUAUGAAACUCUUGACCAUUUGGAAUGCGAUUUAAACUUGAUGUUUGAAAAUGCCAAACGUUAUAAUGUCCCAAAUUCUGCCAUUUACAAGAGAGUACUGAAAAUGCAGCAGGUUAUGCAGGCAAAGAAGAAGGAGCUAGCCAGAAGAGAUGAAAUCGAGGAUGGAGACAGUAUGAUCUCUUCUGCAACGUCUGAUGCUGGAAGUUCAAAAAGAAAAAGCAAAAAGAACAUAAAGAAGCAGCGAAUGAAAAUUUUGUACAAUGUUGUUCUUGAGGCACGAGAGCCUGGCACUGGCCGAAGACUUUGUGAGCUGUUCAUGGUGAAACCUUCCAAAAAAGACUAUCCAGAUUAUUACAAAAUCAUCUUAGAGCCAAUGGAUUUAAAAACAAUAGAGCACAACAUCCGCAGUGACAAGUACGCUGGGGAAGAGUCUAUGAUAGAAGACAUGAGGUUAAUGUUUCGAAACGCAAGGCAUUAUAAUGAAGAAGGCUCACAGGUUUACAAUGAUGCUCAUAUCUUGGAGAAGAUUCUUAAAGAAAAGAGGAAAGAGCUGGGACCUCUGCUUGAAGAUGAUGAGGUUGCUUCCCCUAAAUUGAAAUUAACUUUAAAUUUUGUUUCUCUAGGUAGAAAGCCUGGCAUCUCCCCUAAAAAAUCAAAAUAUAUGACUCCAAUGCAACAGAAACUUAAUGAAGUAUACGAAGCGGUGAAGAACUAUACAGAUAAGCGAGGGAGAAGGCUUAGUGCAAUUUUCCUGCGGCUUCCAUCUCGAUCGGAGCUUCCUGACUACUACCUGACAAUUAAAAAGCCGGUUGAUAUGGAGAAGAUCAGAAGUCACAUGAUGGCCAACAAGUAUCAGGACAUUGAUGCCAUGGUUGAAGAUUUUGUAAUGAUGUUCAAUAAUGCCUGCACUUAUAAUGAGCCAGAAUCCUUGAUUUACAAAGAUGCUCUGGUGCUGCACAAAGUUUUGCUAGAAACUAGAAGAGACAUAGAAGGAGAUGAAGAUUCUCACGUCCCAAAUGUAACACUGCUGAUCCAGGAACUUAUACAUAACCUUUUUGUCUCUGUAAUGAGUCAUCAGGAUGAUGAAGGCAGGUGCUACAGUGACUCCUUAGCUGAAAUCCCUGCUGUUGAUCCUAAUUUCCCAAACAAGCCACCCCUGACUUUUGAUAUCAUACGAAAGAAUGUGGAAAAUAACCGCUACCGGAGAUUGGAUUUGUUCCAAGAGCAUAUGUUUGAAGUGCUGGAGCGGGCAAGGAGAAUGAACCGGACGGAUUCAGAGAUUUAUGAGGAUGCAGUGGAACUUCAACAGUUCUUUAUCAAAAUCCGUGACGAACUCUGCAAGAAUGGCGAGAUCCUGUUGUCACCAGCCCUCAGCUACACUACCAAGCAUCUUCAUAAUGAUGUCGAAAAAGAGAAGAAGGAAAAGCUUCCUAAGGAAAUGGAAGAGGACAAACUAAAAAGAGAAGAAGAGAAGAGAGAAGCUGAAAAGAGUGAAGAUUCUUCUGGAGGAUCAGGACUGUCUAGUUUACACAGGACAUACAGCCAGGAUUGCAGCUUUAAGAACAGCAUGUAUCAUGUUGGGGAUUAUGUGUAUGUUGAACCCGCAGAAGCCAAUUUGCAACCUCACAUAGUGUGCAUUGAACGACUGUGGGAAGAUUCGGCUGGAGAAAAAUGGUUGUACGGCUGCUGGUUUUAUCGACCAAAUGAAACAUUCCACCUUGCAACGCGAAAGUUUUUGGAGAAAGAAGUAUUCAAAAGUGAUUAUUACAACAAAGUCCCUGUGAACAAAAUUCUUGGCAAAUGUGUGGUCAUGUUUGUUAAGGAGUAUUUUAAGCUAUGCCCAGAAAACUUUAGAGAUGAAGACGUUUACGUUUGCGAAUCACGUUAUUCUGCGAAGACCAAGUCCUUUAAGAAGAUUAAAUUAUGGACCAUGCCAAUUAGCUCUGUACGAUUUGUUCCUCGAGACGUGCCCUUGCCUGUGGUUCGUGUUGCCUCGGUGUUUGCGAAUACAGACAAAAUUGAUGAGGAAAAGCACACUGAAAUGUCUGAGGAUAUCAAAGUGGGAGACAGCGCCCUUAGCCUUGAAAAGGACAAAGAAGAUGUUCCAGUAGAAAUGGCAAAUGGAGAACCUGGGUGUCACUACUAUGAACAGCUUUGUUACAAUGACAUGUGGCUGAAGGUUGGGGAUUGUGUCUUCAUAAAAUCACACGGUCUAGUCCGACCACGAGUUGGCAGAAUAGAAAAAAUGUGGGUAAGAGAUGGAGCUGCCUAUUUCUUUGGUCCAAUCUUUAUACACCCAGAGGAAACUGAACAUGAGCCAACUAAAAUGUUCUACAAGAAGGAAGUGUUUUUGAGUAACUUAGAAGAGACCUGCCCCAUGACAUGCAUUCUAGGAAAGUGUGCUGUGUUGUCUUUCAAAGACUUCCUCUCCUGUAGGCCAACUGAGAUUUCUGAAAAUGAUGUUCUCCUCUGUGAAAGCCGCUAUAAUGAAAGUGACAAACAGAUGAAGAAAUUUAAGGGAUUGAAAAGAUUUUCUCUUUCAGCAAAAGUAGUAGAUGAUGAAAUUUACUACUUUCGGAAACCCAUAAUUCCUCAGAAGGAGCCAUCUCCCCUUCUGGAAAAGAAGAUUCAGCAGCUAGAAGCCAAAUUUGCUGAGCUGGAAGGAGGUGAUGAAGAUAUUGAAGAGAUUGCAGAAGAGGAAGGUGAAGUUACAGAAGCACCAACGAUGCCUCAGCUUCAGACUCCGCUUUCUAAUGAAUUGGAUAUAAUGCCAUACACUCCACCACAGUCCACUCCCAAGUCUGCCAAGGGCAGUGUAAAGAAGGAAGGAUCGAAGAGGAAGAUCAACAUGAGUGGUUACAUUCUAUUUAGUAGUGAGAUGAGAGCAGUUAUUAAAGCUCAGCACCCAGAUUAUUCAUUUGGAGAGCUCAGUAGACUUGUUGGAACAGAGUGGAGAAACUUGGAAGCAACCAAGAAAGCCGAGUAUGAAGAGCGGGCAGCUAAGGUUGCUGAGCAGCAGGAGAGAGAACGAGCAGCACAGCAACAGCAGCAGAAUUCCUCCCCCCGGGCAGGCACUCCUGUCGGGGCUCUAAUGGGGGUGGUGCCGCCACCAACACCAAUGGGGAUGCUCAAUCCGCAGUUGACACCUGUUGCAGGCAUGCUAGGUGGCUAUCCACCAGGGCUGCCAACUUUACAGGGCCCACUUGAUGGCAUUAUUAGCAUGGGCAGCAUGCCGCCACUUCACCCUGGGGUGCCUCCACCCCACCAACUUCCACCAGGCAUGCCAGGCAUCCCACCACCGGGUGUUAUAGGUCAAAGUGUUUCCUCCAUGGUAGGAGCCCCCUCAGCAGGAAGCCCUUUUGGACAGCAGAUGGGUAUCCUUGGUCCACCAGGUCAGCAAGCACCACCCCCCUAUCCUGGACAAAAUCCAGCAGCUCAGCAGGUCAUGCAGCAGCCAACAACUCCUAUGUUUGUCUCCCCUCCACCAAAGACGCAAAGACUUCUUCAUUCUGAGGCUUAUCUGAAAUACAUUGAGGGUCUAAGUGCUGAUUCGAGUAGUAUUAGCAAGUGGGACCAGACCCUUUCAGCACGAAGACGUGAUGUUCAUCUCUCAAAAGAACAGGAGAGCCGUCUUCCUACACACUGGUUGAAAAGCAAAGGUGCCCACACCACAAUGGCAGAUGCCUUAUGGCGCCUUCGAGACUUGAUGCUGAGAGAUACUCUUAAUAUCCGUCAAGCAUACAACAUAGAAAAUGUUUAAUCCUCUUUCGAUACCAACAUAUAAAAUUUUUGUGGAACAAUAGCCGUUUUAGUUAUUGGUGGGGGAGGGCAUACUGGUUUUAUUGCAUCUUACUGUACAUUGCAAGAUUGUUUUUUUAUAUAAGGACACUUUUAAUAAGCAUAUUUCACUUUUUGUUAUAUUAUGUUGACUUUUUUAAAAAAAAUAUACAGAAUUGUGCAUAUGGUUCUUUAACUUGGAAGAUGAUCUCACACUUUUGUUAUAAAUGCAAAAUAAGGUUACAUUAUUUGGCCUUA